UGCGUUUGUAUGUAAUUAGCCAGUAGUAGAAGGGAGCCAAAUAUUUUGUUGUUGAGUUUUGUUGUUUCUUUGCUUGCUUGUUCGUUUUUUCCUUCUCCUGCAAUGUCAAAUUGAAAUUUUAUGUGCAUUGAGAUCAUUCAAAAUCUGGUAAAUCAUUAAGAAGAAACAAACUUGUCAAGUGGUGUAUGGUGUCAAAAAAUAGGCAAAUACUAAUAAAAAUCACCAAAGAACAAAGCAAAUAAAAUUUCAACAACAAGGAACAAAAUCAUACGAAACGAAAUACAUAAAACAACGUAAAAAAUACACAAAAAUGACAGCAAUCACUGAUACGAGAAAACGGUCACGCGACGAGGACACAUGUGAUUUUAUGCCGAUUUCAAAACGGAUUAAUAAUCUCACAUUGACCAGCCAAAAUUUAGGCGAACAAGAUCUACCAAAUGGUCACAGUAUUAAUGGUAAUAAUAUUGCAUCAAAUCAUCAUCAGUUUAUGGUAAACAAUCAGGAAGUCCAGUCACAGCAUUUUGCACAAUCAUCGAUUGUGAAUAGUUAUCCAAAUGGAAUGUCACAUCAUUAUCUGAACCAUAAUGGACAAGCAGCUGUGGCCACCGCACACAAUCCAAACUAUCAUGACCAAAGUCACAUCGUUCAGUCAACGAAUCAUUCCAACGGGUUUCAAAACAAUAGCCAUUUAGCUCUAGGGACCAAUGCACACAAGCAAAACCAUCACCAUCACCACCAGCAUCAUCCUCAUCAGCAGCACCAUCAGCAGCACCAUCAGCAGCACUUGCAUCAUGUAGAAUCAAACAGUAAUCAAAUGGAAGACGUCUACCGUCCCGAACUGACGGCUGAUGAAAAUCCAUUUUACUACGACAAGAAUAAGUUAUUAUUUGAUUUACAUGUUGAACGGCAACGUCGUCAAAGCCAUCAAUAAAUGCGCUUUUAUGUGAUGCAAUUUAUUCCUAUCCAUUUAUUGUCAAUUUUUUUUCCUUUCUAUCGUUACUCGUCGUUAAUUCAUUAUUUUUCCUGCCUAAAACAAAGAACAAAAAUCCCAACUCAAGUCGAAUCAGUGGCAAAUCGCUUCAUGAUUACGCUUGAUUAUAUCGUCGAGAAAAAAAAACUAUUAUUCGAUGUAUUUAUUAUUAUUCAGGCAAUUGAAAUUCCAGCAAAAGCCACACAUUUUUGUUAUGCCACAUAAUCGGUUCUAUUUUUGUACAUUUUGAUGUAAUGCAAAAUAAGACAUUCUAUAAAACUAGCUGAUUUUUGUGAUAUUUUUGCACAAGUCUUUGUACUUGAAGUGUAGAAUGAGAGAGUGUGACAGUCAUUUGAAAACGAUAUUCAUAAAAGAUUAAACGGACGAGAGACACAGAAUAAUUGCUUUUUCAAUAAAUUUUUCUCUCGUUACGAGAGUCUCGUAA